AUGCCCGACCUCGUCACGACCGCCUCCGUGGGCGUUGCGCUCGCUGCGCUUGCGAUCGCGUACCUCUUCCACCGGUACGGCCGCAACGAGCCGUUCGUAGCAGGCCUCGCCUUCCCGCAGAACCUCCACGCGCCGUUCCUUGGCGUCGCCAAGCACAUGGGCAAGCUCGAGGCAAGUGCCCGGAUCUUCGUCGACGCGGCCAACGCCGAUGGCAUGGUCUCGUUCCGACUCAUGAGCAUGCGCGUGGUCGCUGUCACCAAGGCCGAGCACGUCCGCGCCGUCGUGUGCUCGUCCAGCUACCGCAAGCCCAUGCCGCUCAUCCAAAAGCACAUUCGCGAGCUCCUCGGGUACAACUCGUUGCCGGUGCUUAUGCACGACGAGUGGAAAGUGCAUCGCCGCAUCUUUGCGCGGGCAUUCCAUUGGGAGUACCUCGCCGCGAUGGUUCCGGCCAUGGCCAAGGUCGCGGCCGAGGCAGCGAGCGUGCUUCUCGCUGCGUCGAGCGCUGACGUCUACCGCGUACUGCAGCUCUCGGCGCUCGACACAAUUGCGCUCACAGGCUUCGGCUUCAACGUCAACGCUCUUCGCGACAGCUCGCAUCCGAUCGCAGAGGCCUUUGAGUUUCUGCUUAGCGAGACAACGCGGCGCUGCUUCGAGGCGCCGCUGCGACCGACGAGUUACUUUUACUCGAUUCCGACGCCCGCCAAUCGCCGAUACCGCCGUGAAGUCGGUGUUGUCCGCACCCAGCUCGGCGACAUCAUCGCAGCGCGCCUUGCUUCGCCAACGAAUGCCCACCCCGACUUGCUCCAGGCGCUACUGGACGCCGCGGCCGCCGAGGACGACCCGAUGACGCCGGACGCGCUGGCCGACAAUGUGCUGGCCUUCUUCUUCGGCGGCUACGACACGACCAGUACCGGCAUGGCGUACUCGCUGUACCUGCUGGCGACCCACCCGGACGUCCAAGCCAAGGCGGUGGCCGAGAUUGAUACCGUGGUGGGGCGGUCGGGUGCCAUCACGUACGAAUUGCUCCAGCAGCUGCCGUAUUUGAACGCGGUGCUGACCGAGUCGCUGCGGCUCUUUCCACCGACGCCGGUGACGAGCCGCCACCUCGAGACGAACCUCGUUCUGAGUGGCUACACCCUACCGGCUGGCACCAUGGUGUACCUUCCGAUCUGGUACAUCAACCGCUCGACGCGCAACUGGGGCGACGAUGCCCUCGAUUUCAAACCCGAGCGACACCUCAUUGACCACAUGGAUGGUGACGUGGGCGCGAAAGACCGAGCGUAUCGGUUCAUGAGCUUCUCGGGCGGUCCGCGCAACUGCGUCGGCAUGCGCUUCGCCGUCCUCGAAGCCACUUGCAUGCUCGUCGCUGUCCUUCAGAAAUGCGUGCUGUCGCGGUCGGAGGACGCGCCGCCGUUGCAGCCAAAGGCGCGUGGGAUCGUGCAAAAGCCCGAGCUUGGCGUCUGGCUGCAGAUGUCGCCUCGCUCGAGUCCACCGCCGGCGUAG